AUGGGUAAAUCUGGUUUGGUAAAACCCUUCUCUCUUGAGCUGUACGAUGUGCACAUUGAAGAGGAUACGGCAGAUUAUGUUGAGGUUGAAGUAUACGACAAAGAUGCUGAGAGAGAACCUAUGAUUAUUGUUAAGAAUUUAGUAGGAAAUGUUCUUAAUGUGUCAAAUAUCAGUGAGGAAACUUUAAAUUCACAAUAUGGCACACUUCUUGAACAUACCACUUCUCCAAAGGGAAGGGCUAAAAAGAAUGUUGAUAAAACUAAAAAAUCCUUAAGAAAAAGUAAGGACAACUUGCAGGAACUGAAGUGUAGUGCUUGCCAAAAAGUCUUCUCUGAUUCCUCAGAUUUCCAUAAACAUGCGGAGAUCCAUCGUUCAGAAAAACUUUAUCAGUGUGACCAGUGUUGCAAAACAUUCAGGCAACUGAAUCACUUUAAUAUGCACAAACAGAUUCACACAGAAAGAUCCUUCAAGUGUGACAUAUGUUUGGAGAUUUUGAAAUCAAACUCGUCUUUAAAAUCUCACAUGAAAAAGCAUUUAGGAGUGAAAAAUUAUGUUUGUAAUGUAUGCCCUGCUGCUUUUCAUUCAAAAUAUGAGUUGAAGAUACACAACAUCAAACAUGCAGGUGACUUGCCUUACAGUUGCUUAGUCUGUGGUGACAAGUUUCCUGUCAAGUCCAGGUUGAAGCGUCAUAUGAUGAUUCACACUGGAGAACGACCUUUUCAGUGUGAAGUGUGUGGAGUAAUUUUCCGUGAACAGCUUACUUUAGAUAUUCACAUGAGCGUCCAUUUAUCCCGCAGACCUUUUGUUUGUGAUGUAUGUGGGGAAAAGUUUUCUCGCCUCAAUGGUUUGACAUUGCACCAAAGAGUUCAUAAAACUGAUGACACUUAUUCUUAUGUGGCCAAGAGGAAGAGCAGUGAUGAAAAAGAUAGUCUCUCCUCAGCAAAACCACCAGAUAGUAACUCAUUCAUAGAAAAUUGCAUGGGUGAUGAACUGGUCUCAAAAAUAGACAGUUCUCAUCCUCUAGAGACGAGAUUGGAAAGUAAAACAUUGAAUUUUCCAGUUAUUGAGACUUCGACUUCUCUGAAGGUUGAUGGAACAUUGCCUACUUGCUCAAGUGAGACCACAUCUGCAGCUAGAUGUAACCUAGAAAAAUGUUUGUCAGAGGUUGAAGGGACAAAUAUACCUCAUCCAGGUGUUAUUCGGGAUGUGCUUUCAUCUGGCACAAUCUUAAAGUCACAAGAGGAUGGUAAGGGGUAUUUUAUAAUGUUGCCUAGGACACUAACUGAGAAAAAUUGUACUUUGUACACUGCGUACCCAUCGUCAGUAGUUUCUUCUAGUAAAAUCAAUGAGAGUCAGGUUACUUCAGACAAAGAUAAUGAACAGGAUUCACAAAAUAAUGAUAUCUUGUUUGCAAGUGAUGGUCACACUGACUCUGCUAGACAUUCUGCCAUUCAGUAUAAUCAGGAAAGUGAUGCUGAAGAAGUGGUUACUAAAUUCAAGAAGGUAAAGAAACUUAAAAGUACAAUCUGUGAUGAUGCUGCAAGUGAAAGCGGUUUAUACUCAAGGAAAAUGGAAAGAUCAACAAAGAAGAAAGUGAAAAAAGCUAACGGGAGUAAAUUUUACCAGUGUGAUCAGUGUGGAAGAAAUUACAAAACUUCAUCUAACCUGAAUGUCCACUUGCGCACACAUACAGGUGAACGACCCUAUUACUGUGACUUUUGUGGGAGGGGUUUCAAACAGAUGGCUCACCUCCAAAGUCAUGUCAGGAUUCACACGGGGGAAAAUCCAUACCAGUGUGAUUUGUGUGAUCAGGCUUUUAACCAGUCAUCAAGAUUGAAAUAUCAUAUACAAAACAAGCAUGUCAGUGUAAGAAAAAAGAGGGUGAAAGUUGCCAAGCAGUAUUAUGUAAGAAAUUUCUAUUGUAAAAUUUGUGACCAUACCUUCAUUGAUUCUUGCUAUAAAAGUGAUCAUAUGAGAACUCAUUUACAGGACAGAGAAUCCAAAGAAAUUCCUGAAAGUUCAAAAAGAAACAUAAACUUACAACAUGAUGUCCAACAAAGUGUCGAUUUUGGUAUUUGUGAGUUGUGUGGUUUUCAAUACAAAGAUGUUAAAGCAUUAAGAUUGCAUAAAGAGGAAUCACAUGGAAUAACAGAAGAAGCCAAAGAAACUGCAGAUAUGCUGAGCAAUUCCACCUGUUCUGCUGAUUCUAUUAAUCAGGCCAAAGAAUGUACUGGCUCAAGUUAUACCAAGGCAGAUAGCAUAAUAAACAAGGAGACAUCAACCAAAGAUUGUGUUCCAUGUAUAAAACCUUUGAACUGUGGGAAAUACGAAUGCUCAGUUUGUCACAAAACCUUCAACACUAGGUCUAAUGCAAAUAUCCACCUGAGACUACAUAGCAAUGUCCGGCCCUAUGUUUGCAGUGAUUGCGGAAAGGCCUUUAGGCAAAUAUCUCAUCUCAAAGACCACGUUAAAAUGCAUACGGGGGAAAAGCCUUUCAGUUGUAGUGUUUGUUAUGCAGCCUUUGCACAGUCCUCAAGUGUCAAAGCCCACAUCAAAAAAUGUCACAAAGGACAAGGUUCUACAAUUAAGAGUAAAAAGGAGCAAAAUAUCAAGCAAGAGUUUAUUACAGUUGAAAGUGUUUCUCCAGCAUCCAAUGAUACUUUGGUUGUUAGCAUUGAAAGUAGUCACUGA